AUGGAGCAAGACGGUACUGCGAGUGCCCAGUACAAACUGUACUACAACUCUUUCUCGAUAUGCUCGCUCAUGGUCCUCUUGACACUCCGCUGGAAAGGACAGCCAAAGUCGCCAGCAUUGGCAGUUGACCCCGUCGAAACAGAAAUUGACAUUUACGCUGGGCACCAGAACGACGAGGAAUAUCUAGAGAAGAAUUGGAAAGGUCAGGUGCCCUUACUGCUUGGUCCUCAAUCUGUCGAGAUAACCGACAGCCUCGACAUCACCAGGUUCUUGGGCGAAAGAUAUAGUCAGUUACUGCCUGGUCCGCAUUGUGAGACAAUCAAUGCACUCUUGGAUGAGCUACAUGAGAUCUGGUUUGUGAGCCUGUCCUUCACCGCCGACGACGGCCGAUCGCAAGGAAUCGUGAACAUGAUCCAGGAGCGUAUCGCACACCGGACUUCCUCUGAAAAAUACAAGGCUGCUUUACAAAGGAAGCUACAAUUCCUCAUGGAUUCCUAUCCCUUCGACCCGCACAACCCUGAAAUAGUGGCGCGAGAGGAAAUCAAGGCGCGGACAUACCUAGAAAGGAUCGCACACAACAUUGUGACGAAUAACCCCGGAGGCAAAGCCACGUGGAUCUUCGGCGAUGGUGUGGGACCGACUGCACUGGAUGCCCAUACUGUGGUUUUCGUGGCUCGUCUUGUCGAUGCCUCUCGCCCAUAUUUGAUUCCGGAUGGUGUGUUGGCGUAUGGGAGACAGCACCUGGAGAAAGGAGAUUGGGCAGAAAUUACGCAAGGAAACUCAACAUUGCAUACCUUGUGGGAGAAGCAAGAAGAAAGGAGGGCAUUAGAACCAUCUGGGCGAAAUUGA